CCCCGCAUUCACUGUAUCCGCUCUCCCCGGACCCCGCAUUCACUAUAUCCGCUCUCCCCGGACCCCGCAUUCACUAUAUCCGCUCUCCCCGGACCCCGCAUUCCCUAUAUCCGCUCUCCCCGGACCCCGCAUUCCCUAUAUCCUCUCUCCCCGGACCCCGCAUUCACUAUAUCCGCUCUCCCCGGACCCCGCAUUCACUAUAUCCUCUCUCCCCGGACCCCGCAUUCACUAUAUCCACUCUCCCCGGACCCCGCAUUCACUAUAUCCGCUCUCCCCGGACCCCGCAUUCACUAUAUCCGCUCUCCCCGGACCCCGCAUUCACUAUAUCCGCUCUCCCCGGACCCCGCAUUCACUAUAUCCGCUCUCCCCGGACCCCGCAUUCACUAUAUCCGCUCUCCCCGGACCCCGCAUUCACUAUAUCCGCUCUCCCCGGACCCCGCAUUCACUGUAUCCGCUCUCCCCGGACCCCGCAUUCACUAUAUCCGCUCUCCCCGGACCCCGCAUUCACUAUAUCCGCUCUCCCCGGACCCCGCAUUCACUAUAUCCGCUCUCCCCGGACCCCGCAUUCACUAUAUCCGCUCUCCCCGGACCCCGCAUUCACUGUAUCCGCUCUCCCCGGACCCCGCAUUCACUGUAUCCCCUCUCCCCGGACCCCUCAUUCACUAUAUCCGCUCUCCCCGGACCCCGCAUUCACUGUAUCCGCUUCAGAUUGGGGCCCUACAA